AAAGUCUGAUGCCACCAAAAACUACACUUCAAGAUAAUGUCGAACGUUUUACACCAACCGGCGCUGAAUUCAUUGAUGGCACCCACGAAACAUUCUCUUUGGUGAUUUUUGCAACAGGCUACAAUUUCACGUAUCCAUUUUUGAGCGUUGACACUGGCAUCACCGUGGAGGAAAAUACUGUUUUGCCACUGUACAAGCAAGUCUUUAACAUUGAACAUCCCACGAUGAUUUUCAUCGGUGUACCAUUCACCACUUGCACCACUCGACUCUAUGACUUGCAGGUGCGAUUCGCAAUGAAAUUCCUUACGGGUGAAAAACAACUGCCAUCGAAGUCGGACAUGUUGACCGAUAUGCAAAUUCAAUUGCAAAAUCACUGGGGUAAAGGCUAUGGCAAGCGCUACACUCACUAUCUGGGCGUUGAGCAGAAUGAAUAUUUCAAGCAACUAGCUGAAACAGCUGACGUUGAACCGAUUCCAGAAGUUUUGCCCGAUAUGCAUUUCGAUUCGCGCGAAUCUAUGAAAAAGGGCCCAUCAGAGUUCCGUAAAUUCAAAUACAUUAUCAUCGAUGACAAAACGUUCACCAAGGAACGGGAAGAAGAUUAAUUUACGAACAACGCAAGGCUGACGAGAGAAAAAAAAUCCAUGACCCUGGCGAUAUUAAUUCACCUUUUUAGAGGCACUUAUCAAUUAAUAGUAGCAAAAAGUGUUUGUUUUGAAUAUAUUUACUAUCAAAAUUUUUUACUUA